AUGUCUUUCGAUUUGCAAAAGUACAGCGUGAGAGGAUGCGAUGGCCUCUAUUACGUUCCGGAUUUCGUGACGGUCAGCUGGGCUGUCGUUUUGAGGUUUGAAACAUUGACGCGACGAAUAAAGGAAUCUCCACGACAAAAGUGGAAGCAGCUGGCGAACCGUCGGUUUGUCCUCGCCUAUCACCUCAUGUCCCCUCCCCCACCCAUUUGGCAAAUAACGCCGAAGAAUAUUCUGGUAUCUCAACCAUUACCCUCCUUUGUGAACAAGUUUCCAGAUAUCGUAUCUCGCCUCAAAGAUACCGGGGCAUUCAAGUCUUCUCCCCACGGUGAACCAAACCAUAUCAUCUUAAACGAGUAUUUACCGGGACAGGGAAUCAUGCCUCAUGAAGACGGGCCUGCGUAUCACCCCAUCGUCGCAACGAUUUCGCUUGGUUCUCAUGCGGUGUUCCAUUAUUAUCGGUAUACUCCCGAAAAGAACGGUAUGACUAACGGCCGUGCAAUUGAUAACACUCCAGCACUUUCUGUUCUGCUAGAACCGCGAAGCGUGAUUAUCACGACGGAAGCGCUAUAUAAAGAGUACCUUCACGGGAUCGAGGAUAUUGAAACUGAUACUAUUAGAGCGGCUGACACAACAACGCAGGAAUCGGAGUUUACUGAUACCAAUACACCCGUGCAGAACUUCCAUCUCCUGACAAGCGAGAAGGCGGUGAGGGCUGUCAGCGAAGGUGGAUCGUUGCAGAGAGAUGUGAGGUACAGUCUGACCUGUCGCGACGUAGAAAGGGUUCGAGAUGGGUCUUUCAUAAGAACCUGACCUUCAUUUGCACCGGCGAAUACAAAGCCUCUUGUGUUCCCUCCCACGGUGGUAUGAAAGCCGGGCACUUGCGUGACUUAAUGGAUAACAAGAACGGACAUUAAUGAAGCGGUAGUGAAGUUAGAUGUACAUGAGGGGGACCAUCCCACUGAGCCUAAAUCAAUGCGGCGACGACGACGACCGUCAGAAUUCGUUGGCUACCCAGAUCGCAAAGCACCACCAAACAGACGUACGUCCGCCUGGGUCUCGUAAGGGGUGCUCUUUGCAUCAGCAACCUUGAGGCAGCAGAACGUCCCGUCACUUUCACUCCAGUGGAAUAUGCGCUUGAUCCCAGCCCAAUCACACCAAUCGAUGCUGAAACAGAGGGAGGGGGAGGGGGAGGGGGGAAGGGGCCGUUCACCGAUGCGUUU